AAAUUAAUUAAUAUGAUUUCAUAAAAAAAAAAAUUCGGAUUCGGUAUUACAAAAAAAAAAAAAAAAAAAGCUGUACCAAAAUCAAACCAAACAGAGCAUAAAUCUAGGAGUCUCAAAAAUAUAUGUGCAACUCUCUAAAAAUGUGAUAAAAGUGUCAAUAAAAUUUAUCAUUAAGAAAUUUAUUAUCUCUUCGAAACAUCUGUGUGUCAAAAAUAAAAUCGAAUUUAGUUAAAAAAAAAAAAAAAAAAAAAUUCAUAUCAAAUCACAAUCUGAUUAGCAAUACAAUUUCGAAAUUCGAAAAUGCUUAAAAUUGGUGUCUUUUGUAUUUAAGCGAGAUUUUCUUCACAACACAAAUAUAUAUAUGCCUUAUUAAAUAAUGGAUGGACGUAAACCUGCAACUAGAAGAGCUAUAGUAAAAAAACGUACCGGCCCACUAUUUUCGGACGAAGUUUUAACCGAAUUAAACGCUAGGCCGACAUCAUCGCAACCCACAUCAACUUUAACGCCACCAACGACGGCAGCAUAUUCAACACAACAACAGCCAAACGUACACAGCCGCAGAAUUCCGUCGGUUAAGGAUAAGAAAGAUAAAAAACGAGAAAGAUGGCUUCUGACGAGAAAAACCUGGAAAUACAUGGCCGAUGCGGGACGAAAACUUAUUCCCGAUGGCGCUCAAAAUCGUCCCGAAGAUAUUCAAAAAUGCGAGCGACACUUUCAUAAUUUAUGCGCCAAUGAGCCUCGAUUUAUAUUAUGGCGACGCAAGGCCUCAUAUCCAGGGGCUGUUGGCGCUUCGAGAAAUUCAAAACGGCGCUUGAAACUUUUACUUUCGCACAGUCACAAGGGUAUAGGGAGUUUUGAUUUUGAAACGGAAGAGGCCCGCAAUGCUGAUCAGGUAAUCGAUUUGCUAUCGAGUUAUUUGAAACUGGACGAAUCGAGGAAGAUCACAACAUUGCUGGGUUCGAAGACAGUCCGACCAGAUCAAACGUCAUCACCUUCAGCCCAGCGACCCGGUGGUGGGAGCAGUGCAAGCCGUGGUGGACUCAGCUCGCAAUCGAUGGCAAUGUCAUCGCGUGGCCCUGGAUUUUUGCCGCCUCUCGCUCAUCCUCCCAAAGGUAUUAAUGCUCUCUCGGAGAUCGAUCAGCUGCUCGAACGGCUGCGAACGCUAAGCCGUAGCUCCACCUGCCGCACUAUAAUCCCUUUAGAACGUAUCACUCCCGAAAUUCUUGAAGAUAAAGUUCUGCUUAAGCAAAUCUAUAAUGAGCUUAAAAAACAACAGCUUCAUCGAAUUAUUGGCAAACAUUCCAGCAGCACAGGUCCCAGAGCCAGUCUCCCUCACGCUUCGUCACUAUCUAGCCUUUGGCACUUUCGGAGAGACGGUAGUACCAAAGGUUCCUUUUCGGGCAAGCCCAAUUUCCUCCCGCACUUUGGUCUCAAGUCACCUCCAUCGUCAACCCAUUCCACCUCACCCCCACCACUUUCGCCUGGUCAUGAAUAUAAUAAGCGUGUACCCCCCUCAUCCUUAGACCUUCCAGCACCGCUGUCAUCCACCCUGCAAUUUCAAACCCCUCCAGCUCAUGUGAUUUCUGUGAUAAAGAAACCAUCCCCCCGAGUGAUGGUCACUUAUGCUACCUGCGGCACUCAAACCAACUUCAUUCAGCUAAACGAAAUCGAACGCCUGGCUAAAGAAUACAAGGAAAUGAAACAGGAAGAGGCUGCAGCAGCUGCAAAUGCGGCAACUGCUGGCCAGCCAACUGAUGAUGAAAGCGACAAGGGUGCCACAGCCGGGCAAGGUCACCGCCGUAAGAGCAGCAUCGACAACGAGGACGUGUCACAGUCGGUCAGUGAUACGAUUAAACGUUACUUGCGAAUGGCGCGCAAGAAGAGCGUCCACGAUGACAACGCCAAUCGAUUCAAGCGAGUCAACUAUGAUCGCAAUUUGCGCAACAUUCGGGCUAAGGGUGAGAUUAAUCCACCUGGCAUGGACGAUGGCUGCAACAAAGCUAUCCAGACUCUAGAUGCUUGGCCUGUGAUUUCGUUGGAUUUCAUAAGAGGACAUGAAAAUAAUGGUGCGCUCGAAGAAGCUCACUUGGAUUGGCGCAAGAGUCUAGAUCAGCGAAUACAACAGAAGCAAGAAUAUGAAAAUAAGAUGAAACUGCAACAGCAACAUGAUGAUGCAACAGCAGUGCCAGCGACUGUCCCGAAAGCUAAGCAAUAUGCGACUAAUUCUAGUUCAUCGUCAUCGGCGCCAACGUCUCCAACAAAUGCCUCACAUGGACAUGGUGCUGUUCCAACAGCUUCUGGAAUUCUACACUCAAGCACUCAAUUUCUAUCGAAUCUCUGGCAUGGAACGGGAAGUCAUCAUCCAGAUAGAAUAUCAUCGGGCCAAGAUUACGGUUACCCUCUUCCCGGUAGCAAUACAAACAGCACUGGUUCAAUAAUGUCAGUGGGAACCACUGCCUCUGGACACAGUUACAAUUCAAAGGGUGACAAUAGUGCUAUGCAAAAGUCCAAGUCAUCUUCUAAUGUCGGACAGUUUGUUUCGAAGAAGAUUUUUAAGACGAGGUCCAAGAGUCAAACACGGACAUCAUCGCCAACGAAGGCGGAAUGGACGCCACAGGGCAACUGCACAUGGACUUCGGAUAAUGGGCGUCAAGUCACACUCACAAAUUCGCAUCUCCAAAAUUUGACAGAAAUUGAGGCCAAAAUACUACAACGAGUAGCUAUUGAAAAAAUCAAUCAAUUAAAUAUUGGAGUUAGUGUGGCAGUUCCUUCAGACUCUGAUAGCAUGGCAAAGGCUCAGAAACGUCGACCUCUGGCGAAGAAAAAAGCUAUGACUACAAGUUUUUUUGAUAUUGGCAGAAAAGAAGACAAAGGAUCAAAUAUAAGUAUAUUCGGUAAUACUCUAGAGGAUUGUGUGGCAAAUGAUCUUAAACGACGAACAAAUCUGACAGCUGUAUCCGAUCGAGGCUCAAGAAAUUCAAUAACAUCUCUAUUUCGUGGUGGUUCGAGUAGCAAGGUUCGAUCGUGUGAAAGCUUACCAUCGGGCACUUAUAAUAUUCCUCAUUCCGAUACUAAUUCAAGCAAUAGUGGUAGUAAUAUUGAUAGGACAAGUAGUGGUAAUGGUAAUUUGGUUAAGACUGCUGCCAUGCUAAUGUCACGCAGCCAAUCCGAUGUACGACGCUCAAGUCAAGAUUUUGACGAAUUACAGCUCAAUAAUAAUUCCAUUUUAUCUGGGAGCGCGGGUGCGGGCGCUCCUCCACCAAUGACGACUGGUGGAAUAACAAAUGGUGAACAAGCUGAUAGACAGGUACCUACAUUUGUUCAAGAAUGCAUCAAACAUUUGGAAAAGUAUGGUCUGCAUUCGGUUGGAUUAUUUCGAGUUAGUACGUCAAAGAAGCGAGUCAGGCAGAUGCGUGAAGAAUUAGAUCGAAGCUCAAGCACAUUCAUUGAUCCAGAAACUUGCCCACAUGAUGUAGCAACAUUGCUUAAGGAAUUCCUAAGAGAUCUGCCCGAACCUCUUCUCUGUCGAAAUCUGUACAAAGCCUUUAUUAAAACGCAAAAAAUCCGAAAUAGACGUCUCCAAUUGGAAGCUAUUUCGCAUUUAGUACAACUAUUACCCACCGCUCAUCGUGAUACAUUAUUCGUCCUCUUAAGGUUCCUGGCUAAAGUUGCAUCGUGUUGUGAUGAUAUUGUACCAUCCGAUGGUAGUUCAAAUAUUGUAGCUGGUAAUAAAAUGGAUAGCAAUAAUCUGGCAACAGUUUUUGCACCAAAUAUAUUAAGAUCCUCGUUGCCAGGCGAGGAAAACAAUGAACAAGAAUCAAUGGGUGAUGUCAUUAAUGUGAUAAGAACAAUGAUUGAUCAUUAUGAAGAAUUAUUCAGAGUUCAAGCUGAAUUGAUGGAUGAGAUUUAUGCAAAUAUGAUCGAUACAUUUCCAGAACAAUUAAAUUAUUUAUGUGAACGCAGAAAUAUUUCUGAUAAGUUUUCAUACGAAGAAAUUGAUAGUGGAGGUUCGAAUACACCACUUAACUCACCACCACCAACUGGUGUAAUGAAAACAAGUAGUGAUGAUGUUUUAAGAGGCACAGGAUCACAGCAAACCCAAUAUCAAUUCAACAAUGAACUCCCACCUGAUAGUCGAACUCAUAGUGAGUCUUCUUAUUCUUCAGCAGCAUCUCGAGUACCACCAAUUCCAACAUCGAGGCGAAUUUAUACUCGAGAAGAUGUAAUGCAUGGCAAUGCUGUUUCCAAAGGUGAUCCGCCUCAAGAUGGAAUAAGGCGUCGCAGCUCAAAAUCAAAGCAUCCAGAAAGCGAUACACAACAACAGCGUUUACUAAGCAGUAGUAGUUCAUCGAUAAAAUAUAAAUCUGGAAAUAAUAGUGAUAGCUCCAACACUCCGUCAACAACAACAACAGCAGUUUCAAUAAGCAAAUCAUCAUCAACAGCCAAAGUCGAAUUUCAUUCCAUGCACCAUCAACAACAACAACAACAACAACCAAUUCUAUCAUCCACAACCAUAAGUCCGGCUUCAACAAUAUCAGCUAGACGUUUGUCAUCACCAUACGUUCUUGAUCGAACUGGUGUAGUGACGGCAAGUUUGAAGAUUCCAGUACAAAUGCAACAAACAACAACAACAACAACGACGACACUAGGAAGUACCAGCAGCAAUAGUGGCAGUGUAGGAGGUGGUGGAGCAGGAGCAGCAUCAGCACGUGAUAUUCAUGAUGACGAUGAAGUAUUCUAUCGAGGAUCUGGCCAAUUUGAUUUGUCAAAUAUUCCAUAUAUUGAAGAUUCAACAACUUAUGGUAAUGAACUUGGAAAUUGCAUUGAAGGUUUCCAAAUAACUGGAUCACUAUUAUUUGGGGGCGGAGGAGUUUCAACUGGAACGGGGACUGUGACAGCAUCCGCAGAUGGUAGACAACAUCCAUCGUCGUCGGCAUCAUCCAGGCCUGGUGGAGGUGCUCAAAUCUAUCAAAUUCCUAUUGCAUACGAAAUGUCUUCAUCAGGACCAGGAGGAGAACCUACAUCGAAACUAGCAUCAUUCCUAUCAUCAUCACCGACAACAUCCCCACAACAAUCGUUGACUGCAUCCAAAUCCAGAGAAAAGAAAACUAUUAUGCUAAGUAGCAGUACAAUUCUUCAACAAAAACAACAACAAACAACAUCAACAAAAUCCCAACAACAUCUACCGCAAGCUCAGCAGCCUCCUCCUCAAAUCGGCUCCGACAAUCAGGCGGGUCACAUGGAACAAAGAUUACCGACAAGCAUAUCAAACAUAGGUGGCGCUAUUCUGCGAUCUAAGACCGCUGAUUUCGAACGAAUGGCAGCAGCACCAACGUCAGCCAGCGCAGCACAGCCAAUUCCCUCAUCGGCGGCGGCGUCGACCGACCGACCAGACCGAGGAACUCGUAAUUUAACUCCAGGACCAUCGGAAAGUCCUUUGCCACGAGGACAAUUGUAUAAACGACAAGAAUUAAUAUCUAGUGCAAAGAGAAAGUAGAAUCAACAUUGAUAUAAAAAAGUUAAGCUAAACUUUUGUUAUGUUUAUAUCGAUAAAAAUGUUAAAUUGUAUUAUUAUUAUUGUUGGCCUAUAUAAUAUAUUUUUCUAUUAAAUAAUAUAUUAAUAAAAAAGAAAUAAAAUUAAUAAUAAAUAAAUUGUACAUACAACAAAAUAAAUAAGGUUUUAAAUGAGUUCUGUAUGUGUAUGCUAUGAUAUU